AUGCACAAUAGACAAAGAAGCAUAGAGCAAGGGUCAGCUGACUUCAUUUUUAUCAUUGGUCUUGUGAUAAUCGUGGACCUCCGCCAUUCUCGGUCCAACUAUUCCGUCUUUCUCGUCAGUAAAAGAAUAAAUUAUUCAAGAUGGCGGAGUACCAGACCAUCGCCAACGAGGAGAAUGAGGAACGGUUUGGAUACGUCUUUGCUGUAUCUGGUCCUGUCGUAA